CAUACUAAACAGUAUGACUAAACACACUGACAGCAGUGGUUUUGGAAACCAGUCCAGUUUGCCUUUAUUUUUCCUACCGUGUUUGCCACCUGAACUAGUUUUGAUGACCAUCAUGUUUUUGCAUAUUUGCAAAUAAAUGUUGCUUAAACAGUUAAAAGUAUUGAUCUUUGUUGUGGGUUUCAAGUUCAACAGCCCAAAGAGUGUGCAUUUGUAUUAGUUUGCCUGUGUAUGUUUUACAAAAUUAGACUAACUGAACUUAAAUGAAAAUGGUGGCACGGUGGAAAGUUUGCACUGGAUGGUCUAUCUGUUCAUUCCUCGCUAAAAAUCCAGUUUAGGUAAAUGCUGAAAGAAAGGAAGCUACUAUCCGAAAUGGUCUACUAGUUUGAGCAGCUCAGUCUGUGUUUAGCAGAGUUAUUAAAACUGAUUGUUUACAGAUGUGCCAGUGGUUGUGUGACAACAAAACACUAGCUUUGGCGUUUAAUAAAAUGAAGAUCAAGUUUAAAUGUGUUUGUUUUGACUUUAAGAAUGUCUGCUAAAUCAGUUAUUCAGAAUGACUUGCAGGAGUACUUUGUCUCCAUAAAAUAAUAAAAAAAAAUGCUAGAUGCCUGCACAUACAUAAACGUCUAUUAGUCUUAUAAGUUCUUAUAAUAAACCGUUAAGCUAAGAAUGAGUUGGUAUAGCAACAAAAACAGUACUGGUAAAUGUGUUUUUUUUUUGUUGUUGUUUUUACAGUGAGGGUUGAUUUAGUGAAAAGCAGGCCUGUUUGAUGAAUACUGGUCUAUUACUGGGAUACUGUUUAGAAGGGAAAGAUGCAGUGUCGCGUGACAUUUGAGCCCAACGUGGCGCGCGCUUUUACCGUUGCUGUGGAAACGGCUCAACACUCUUCUUCUCAGGAAGCAGCAGAGUCAUCUUACUUCCUGUCUUUAAUAUAAAUAUGUGGAGAUUGGUCUGAAGUAAUCUAUCGUGCUUCGCUGUAACAGUCAUGACCGGUGUGGUUAGGUCAGCUCCGUGUGCCGCGGCCAGGCUCGGAGCUCAGGGUCGGCGGGAUGACACGCUGAGCUCCAUCCGGCGCGCCGAGCGCCUGGUGCUCCAGUCCCAUGUGCACUCACUGGACUCCGCCACGCGCUAUCGGACACCACCGCUCUCAUCCAAGCGCCCGGAUGUAGCGCUUCUGGCUCACAGUGUGAACGGAAUUAACACCCGACCUAAAUCCCCCGGCAUUAUGUUGCAUUCAUUGGGCGUGAGUGGCCCGUUCCCACCACCGGGGCUGCGCGAGCAGAGUGCGGGCCUCAGCGUAGCAGUGGCUGCUGAAUACACCCGUGCCGUACGGCAAGUAGAAGGCCGUUUACGGAGGCAGGCAGGGAGGAUCACUGAGGAAGCCACUAGGCUGGGUCAUCAGAAAGAGAAACUGGAGAAAGUGUUGCGAAGUGUCAGGACAGCACUGCUCAUCAACCAGAAAACCACAGACGAGCGGACACGAAGACCAGCCACUGAGGCAGAACAAGAUGGAGCUGAUCAUCUGCUCUGUCAUGAGAGGAAGGGCUUGAAUGAACUGAAGAAGAAACUGGAGACUCUGCUGAGAGACACUUUAACUCAGCUGCAGACCCUAGCUCAGAGCAGCAGACAGCUCCUGGACUGUGCCUUUGAAAGGUCCAGGGUAAUUGAGCUGCUCCCUCAGCAUGGAUCACCUUCAGCAGCUGUACAUCUCUCCCCCUCUCCUCUCUCACUGAAACCUGAUCCCUCUGGUCCAUUUACUCCAGAGUGUAAAGAGGCACUAGAGUCAUCAGCAGCUGUGUUGCAAACGUCUCAGCAGCUCAGCAGGAGCAUUGAACAGGCCAUGUGCGACGCCAUCAUUAAACAGGCAACUCUACAUCGCUCAGUCAAUGAGGGUCUGUUAAAGAAAAUUGCAGAAACCCAGAGUCUGCAGCAACGUCUAACGCUGAGCUCAGCGACCACUAGACAGGCCAUCUACCGCAAACAGAGACAGAUGCAGUGUGCCAGCUACAGCCAUGGCAGAGCUUUGGGUCCAGUCUCCUCUGAUGACCUUUUCUGCAGAGAGAGAAUGAACAGACCUAUUGUGAUGGUCUAUGAGAGACACCCAAGUUUUCAGCUACCUGAGUCGAGACUCCUAACACAGGGCAGUGUUCUGCUGAAGCAACAUUUGGAGUGUGCAGAGAAAGCAGUAGAAGAGCUGCAGGUUGCACAUUUGCAGCUGGAGGAUGACUCGUGUGCAAAGAGAGUGGCAGCGAGCGUGGACUCCGCCACAGUCCGGCUUCGAAGAAGAAAUUUUCCUCACAUUUCUGUCCAUUCAGCAAGCACAUAAAAUUAGAAACACAUCUGUGUCAGCACUAUUGAACUCAUAUGUACAUCUUUGUGGCCAGUAUUAUACAUGAUUGAGCAUGUGAGUAUAUUAUGCGUGUAGAUUGUAUUGAAGUUUAAGAUUGUAUUGAACAUUUUUUUCAACAGAUCAUAUUAACUUACGUAAUGACCCAUACAUCUGAUGAUCAUUAAUUAAUUAAUCUUAAGCCUUUGUUUGUGCCUUUAAUAAUCAGUGAAUAACUUGGAGGAAAACUAUGUUUCAGACGUCUCUGUAUUUUAGUUACUAGCUGCAUGAGAAGCAUGGUGGCUAGGUUGGUGUGGUCAUUAUUACUGGGAAGUAAGAAGCAUUAAGAUGGUUUACAAUAUUUAUAUUAUGGGCAAUGCUAUUUGGGUCCUAAUUUGAAUUAAAUUUGUUUUUUGUUUUUUUGAGAAUUCUGAGUGCAACAGUGGUUGGGAUUGAAAAACUAAAAUAAAGGGCAUCACUUUUGUUACGAUUAA